AUGUCCAACGUGCUGAUCAUCGGCGGGGGUUUGGGUGGACUCUGCUUGGCCCAUGCGCUCAAGAAGAACCAUAUCCCAGUCAAAAUCUUUGAGAAGGAUCAGAAGCAAGACUUUCGCGCACAAGGGUACCGACUCCGCAUCAGUUCCCCGGGAAUCGGUGCAUUGGAAUACUCUCUCGCCCCGGAAACAUGGGAUCUGUUUAAGAAGACCUGCGCCCAGUUUGAUCCAACCUCUCCCAUGGGACGAGUAGAUGCCGCCACGGCAGUGACCCCCGCAGACGCGCCAAUGCUGGGUGGUCCUCCACCGCAUAUGCAUGGCUCAGACAGUCUGCCGUACAAUGUGGACCGUACCGUGUUCCGUGAAGUCCUUCUAGCGGGGCUCCAAAGUGAUGUCUACUUCGGUAGGCAGUUUACCCACUACGAAACCGAGGACGGCCAGGUUCGGGCAUUCUUCGCCGACGGGACGGUGGAAACCGGCGCCCUGCUCGUCGGUGCCGACGGAGUGGGAUCGCGCGUGCGGAAGCAGCUGCUUCCCCAGUACCCGAUUCUCGACACAGGAGUGCGCAGCAUCUACGGCAAGACGUUACUAUCCGAGGCCCUCGAGAAGCAAAUGACGCCAAACGUGCUGCGAGGAUUGUCUCUUGCAUUCGACAAUGACCAGUCUGCGCCGAAGACGCUGUUGCUCGAAGCCAUGCGCUUCCCCAGGCGAUCGGAUGUCACCGAGGUCCCGCUGCCCCCCGACUACGUCUACUGGGUAUUGGCGGUUCAUCGGGAUUAUAUUCCGCUUGCGGACGAAAAAAUGUUGCGUCUAAAUCAUGAGCAGUCGGCACAGCUGUCCCUCGACUUGACGGAGAAAUGGCACCCCUCCUUGCGGGUUCUGCUCGAAGCACAGGAUGUCGCACAAACCUCGACGUUGCGCAUUACACUGGGAGCCAUCGCCGUUGGUUACGUUGUUGGGCGAUGCCAUUCAUAA